ACUAACUAACCAACUACCCACAACAAAAAUUCUGUUUCGGCACACUCUGCUCCCAAUCCCAAUGAUAUGCCAACCACUCACCCCGACGACGACGUCGAACCCUACAACAUCAUCCCACUCCACAACGACCUCAUCACCGACCACCCUUCCCUCCGCUUCCCCGAAGUCCGCGCUGCACUCUCCGCUCUCCGCACCGUCGGCGACCUCCGCCUUCCUCCUCGAUGGCAACCUCACAUGGACCUCCUCGAUUGGCUCGCUCUCUUCUUCGGCUUCCAAAACGACAACGUUCGCAACCAACGCGAACACCUCAUCCUCCAUCUUGCCAACGCUCAGAUGCGUCUCAAUGCUCCCCCAGACAACAUCGAUUCACUCGACUCCACCGUCCUCCGUUCCUUCCGUGAAAAACUCCUCCGUAACUACUCCAACUGGUGCUCAUAUCUCGCCGUUAAGCCAUGUGUCUGGCUUCCCAAUCUCUCCGCCACUAACUCUGAUCACCGCCGUGAACUCCUCUAUGUUUCUCUCUAUCUUCUAAUCUGGGGAGAGUCUGCAAAUCUCCGCUUCAUCCCGGAAUGUAUUUGCUACAUUUUCCAUAACAUGGCAUUGGACCUCAGCAUAAUCUUUCAGAAUCAACAAAAUGACUGCGACUACACGCCAUCCUAUGAUCCGCAAAACGGUUUUCUAGACAGUGUCGUGAAACCUAUUUAUGAAACCGUGAGAUUUGAAGCUGAGAUUAAUAGUGGCAAUGGAACAGAACCGCAUGCUAAAUGGAGAAAUUACGAUGAUAUUAACGAGUAUUUUUGGACUAAGAGGUGUUUUAGUAAGCUCCAAUGGCCUAUAGAUGCUGGAAGCAGUUUUUUCGUUGGAAAGCGCGUCGGGAAGACUGGUUUUGUGGAACGCAGGUCGUUUUGGAACUUGUUUCGGAGUUUUGAUAGGCUUUGGGUGAUGCUGAUUUUGUUUCUUCAAGCUGCAAUUAUUGUUGGUUGGAGAGAUAGGGGUUAUCCUUGGCAUGUGGUGUUGGAGGAUCGUGAUGUGCAGGUUCUGCUUUUAACUGUUUUGUUCACUUGGAGUGCUUUAAGGUUUUUUCAAUCUUUGCUUGAUAUAGUUAUGCAAUGGAGGUUGGUUUCAAGGGAGACAAAGAUGCUUGGAGUGAGGAUGGUGUUGAAAAUCAUUGUUGCUUCUGGAUGGAUAGUUGUUUUUGCUUACUUUUAUGCUAAGGUAUGGUCGCAGAGAAACCAUGAUAAAAAUUGGUCUGUUGAAGCAAAUAAGAGGUUGAUGACUUUUCUUGACGUUGCUUUUGUUUUUGUUAUUCCAGAGCUUCUUGGUUUGGCACUUUUUAUACUUCCUUGGGUUAGAAAUUUUAUGGAGAAUAGGAAUUGGAGGAUUUUUUACAUGUUAUCGUGGUGGUUUCAGGGGAGAACUUAUGUUGGUCGUGGAUUGAGUCAGGGUCUUGUAGAUAACAUUAAGUACACUUUGUUUUGGGCUGUGGUGUUGGCCUCAAAAUUUAGUUUCAGUUACUUUUUACAGAUUCAUCCCAUGAUUGCUCCAUCAAAGGCAGUGUUGGACCUUACGGAUGUGGAUUAUCAUUGGCAUGAGUUUUUUAAAAAAGGUAACGUUUUUGCUCUUGGGAUACUGUGGAUUCCUGUUGUUUUGAUUUAUCUAAUGGAUAUUCAGAUAUGGUAUUCAAUAUAUUCGUCUUUGGUGGGGGCAACAGUGGGUUUGUUUGCACAUUUGGGUGAGAUCCGAAGUAUGCAACAGCUGAAGUUGAGGUUUCAGUUUUUCGCCACUGCUGUUCUUUUUAAUUUAACGCCAGAGGAGCAGUUAUUGGAUGGAAGGCGAACAUUGAGUAGCAAGGUUAAGGAUGCAGUUCGUAGGAUGAAGCUCAGGUAUGGGCUUGGAAAACCUUUUAAGAAGCUCGAGUCUAACCAAGCUGAGGCCAAAAAAUUUGCUUUGUUAUGGAACGAAAUAAUUUUGUCGUUCAGAGAGGAGGAUAUCGUUUCUGACAAAGAGGUUGAGUUGCUGGAGCUGCCAAACAAUUACUGGAAUGUCAGGGUUAUACAUUGGCCGUGUUUUCUUCUCUGUAAUGAAUUGUUACUGGCAUUAAAUCAGGCCAAAGACCUUGUUGAUUCUCCCGAUAGGAGGCUUUGGGGAAAGAUAUGUAAGCAUGAGUUCAGGCGAUGUGCUGUGGUUGAAGCAUAUGACUGUAUCAGAUACUUGCUUCUAGAGAUUAUUAGACCUGAUAGUGAAGAGCAUUCUAUUGUUAUCGUUCUGUUUCAAGAAAUUGAUCAUUCACUUGAGAUUGGGAAGUUCACUAAAGUGUUCAAAACUACUGCACUCCCCCAGCUCCACAGCAAGUUGAUAAAACUUGUUGAAUUGUUAAACAGAGGAAAAAAGGAUCCUAACCAAUUGGUGAACACCCUUCAGGCCCUUUAUGAGAUUUCUAUCCGAGAUUUUUUCAAGGAGAAAAGGAAUAACGAAAGGCUAAAGGAGGAUGGUUUGGCUCCCCAAAACCCAGUUUCUUCUACAGUUCUACUUUUUGAGAAUGCCAUUCAGUUUCCUGACACCAUGAACGAGAACUUUUAUCGCAGGAUUCGGCGCUUGCAUACUAUUCUUACCUCCAGGGAUUCAAUGCAAAAUAUUCCAAUAAAUCUAGAAGCUAGACGGCGACUUUCUUUCUUCAGUAACUCACUUUUUAUGAACAUGCCCCAUGCUCCUCAAGUUGAGAAAAUGAUGGCUUUCAGUGUUCUAACCCCUUAUUAUAGUGAGGAAGUAGUUUACAGUAAAGAACAACUCAGAACUGGGAAUGAAGAUGGGAUCUCAACACUAUAUUAUUUGCAGACUAUACAUGAAGAUGAAUGGAAGAAUUUUAUGGAGAGAAUGCGGCGAGAGGGAAUGAUGAAAGACAAAGAUAUAUGGACAGAUAAACUAAGAGAAUUAAGGUCCUGGGCAUCCUAUAGAGGCCAGACACUAUCGCGGACUGUUAGAGGAAUGAUGUACUAUUAUAAGGCCCUCAAGCUCCUGGCAUUUUUAGAUUCUGCAUCAGAAGUAGAGAUCAGAGAAGGUUCACGUGAACUUGUUUCAUUGAAUCAAGAUAGUUCAGACGGUAUCAUCUCGCAAAAGUCACCAUCUUCUUCUAGAGCAAGCAGUUCAGCAAGUUUGUUUAGAGGCCAUGACUAUGGAACUGCUUUAAUGAAAUUCACAUACGUGAUUGCUUGCCAGAUAUAUGGAACUCAGAAGGAAAGAAAGGAUCCCCGUGCCGAUGAAAUCUUGUAUCUAAUGAAAAACAAUGAAGCCCUCCGAGUUGCCUAUGUUGACGAGGUUCACACAGGGAGGGAUGAGAAGGAGUAUUAUUCUGUUCUUGUUAAGUACGACCAACAAUUGGAGAGGGAGGUGGAAAUUUACCGUGUAAAAUUGCCAGGUCCCUUAAAACUAGGAGAAGGAAAGCCAGAAAAUCAAAAUCAUGCCAUCAUCUUUACCCGUGGGGAAGCAAUUCAAACUAUUGAUAUGAACCAAGAUAACUACUUCGAAGAGGCACUUAAAAUGCGAAAUCUCUUGGAAGAAUUCAGGCAUUACUAUGGCAUUCGAAAACCAACUAUUUUGGGAGUGAGGGAACAUAUUUUUACAGGUUUUGUUUCCUCUCUUGCUUGGUUCAUGUCAGCUCAGGAAUCAAGUUUUGUCACCUUAGGACAGAGGGUUUUGGCAAACCCUUUGAAAAUCCGAAUGCAUUAUGGCCAUCCUGAUGUGUUUGACAGGUUUUGGUUCAUAACUAGAGGUGGUAUCAGCAAAGCUUCCAGAGUGAUCAAUAUAAGCGAGGACAUUUUUGCAGGUUUUAACUGUACUCUUCGUCGAGGUAAUAUCACACAUCAUGAAUACAUUCAGGUUGGAAAAGGAAGGGAUGUUGGGUUGAAUCAAAUAUCAAUGUUUGAAGCGAAGGUUGCUAGUGGAAAUGGGGAGCAAGUACUAAGCAGAGAUAUAUAUAGAUUGGGUCAUAGACUGGAUUUUUUCAGGAUGCUGUCAUUUUUCUAUACAACAGUGGGAUUCUUUUUUAAUACAAUGAUGGUGGUUCUUACUGUUUAUGCAUUUCUGUGGGGUCGGUUAUUGCUUGCUCUUAGUGGUGUUGAAGCUGCUAUGGAGAGCAACAGCAAUAGUAAUAAAGCACUUGCUAUGAUAUUGAAUCAACAGUUCUUAGUCCAAAUUGGACUUUUCACUGCCCUUCCAAUGAUUGUGGAGAAUUCCCUUGAACAUGGGUUCCUUCAAGCUGUCUGGGAGUUUUUGACAAUGCAGCUCCAACUUUCAUCAGUUUUCUACACAUUCUCCAUGGGUACACGUAGCCAUUUCUUUGGCAGGACUAUCCUGCACGGCGGUGCAAAAUAUCGAGCCACAGGCCGUGGUUUUGUUGUAGAGCACAAGAGUUUUGCAGAAAACUAUAGACUCUAUGCUCGUAGCCAUUUUGUGAAAGCAAUUGAGUUGGGGUUAAUAUUACUAAUUUAUGCAUCACAGAGUGUUGUAGCAACUAACACAUUUGUUUAUCUAGCCAUGACCAUCUCUAGUUGGUUCUUGGUUGCGUCAUGGAUUAUGGCACCUUUUGUGUUCAAUCCUUCUGGUUUUGACUGGUUAAAAACUGUCUGUGAUUUUGACGACUUUAUGAACUGGAUUUGGUACCGUGGAAGUGUGUUUGCUAAAGCUGAAGAUAGCUGGGAAAAGUGGUGGUAUGAAGAGCAAGAUCAUCUAAAGGUAACUGGGCUUUGGGGAAAGCUUAUGGAGAUUGUUUUAGACCUUCGUUUCUUCGUCUUCCAGUAUGGUAUUGUCUAUCAGCUAGGCAUAGCUGCAGGAAGUACCAGUAUUGCUGUUUACUUGCUAUCAUGGAUUUAUGUAUUUGUUGUGUUUGGGGUUUGUGUGGUGGUAGCUUAUGCCAGGAAUGAAUUUGAUGCAAAACAUCAUAUCUAUUAUAGGCUGGUCCAGUCAAUUGUUGUAGUUCUUGCCAUACUCUUGAUAGUUGCUUUGUUGGAAUUCACCGAGUUCAAAUUCAUCGACAUUUUUACUAGCUUGGUGGCAUUCAUUCCCACGGGCUGGGGAAUGUUAUUGAUUGCUCAAGUAUUUAGGCCAUUUUUUCAGCACACCAUAGUUUGGCAUGGAGUUGUUGCCCUGGCUCGUCUAUAUGAUAUAUUAUUUGGAAUCAUUGUUAUGGCUCCUGUUGCAAUACUAUCUUGGUUGCCUGGCUUUCAAGCAAUGCAGACCAGAGUUCUCUUCAAUGAAGCAUUCAGUCGGGGCCUCCGGAUAUUCCAGAUGGUUACAGGAAAAAAAUCUCAAAGUUAAAUGUUAUUCAAUGUAGUUUUUAUUCAUUUGUAGUAUUGGUGUAG